GCGUGCACCGUCUGCCUGCUCCUGUAGUGGCUACGUGUAAUUCUACGGGAAAAUGGCAGAUAGAAAAAAUAAUAAUGCUUCCAACACCGGUUCAAACUUACUGUUCAGCGGCGCUCCGGAGUUUAACUUCAACCUGCCCUUCAUGCCAGUGAGCCAGGCCGGCGGUCCGGCGGUGCUGUCAGGAGAGGAUUCCACUGAUGUUGGUGAAGAAGACAGCUUCCUCGGUCAGACCUCUGGGAAUGGACCACCGGCCUCCACGUUCAGCUACUUUUCCAGCCCCGUGACCAGCAGCGACCCGUUUGCCGCCAUAGGCCAGUCGCCGUGCCCUCCCCCGGCGCUGUCUGCGGCUCCGACGACUACAGGACCCGUGUCUGUUCCCAGCAGUGUCAGCAUGGCUGCUCCACCGCCCGCUCCGCCGGGCUCUCAGAUGAACCCGGCUCCCCCAGCGUUUGGGGUCUCGCCGUUCCAGAGCCCCAUGGGGCGUCACACUCCCCCGCCAGCCAUGAUGACGCCGCCGCCCCCUCAGAUGCAGUCACAGAGUCACAACCCGUACCGGCACACCCCCUCCAGCAGCAGGGCGAACCCCUAUAUUCCAGCUCCGGAGGUCCUGCCGCCGCCAAACACGCCCCAGCAGAACCCGUACUCCCUCGGCGCUCCGCCGCCGACCUUCUCCAUGGCAGGACCCACAUUCACAAAGCCGCCUCCUACACACAUGCAAGGGCCUCCACCUCCCGCCACCACUGCUGGCGCCAUCGUUCCUGCUGGUCCCAUGAUGCAUUACACCAACCUGUAUGAAGCAGUUCAGCCCCACUGGUUCUUCUGCAAACAGGUGGAGUCAAAGAGCGUCUGGCUUCCUUUCAGCAUCAUCGACUCCCUUCAGCUCGAAGAGACUUACAACUCAGUUCAACCAGACCCAGAAAAUGUGAUCGUACGUACGGAUGGAGGCCGUUACGACGUGCAGCUUUACGACCGAAUGCGGACCGCUGUAUACUGGGAGGAGGAGCCUACGGAGGUGCGGCGCUGCAGCUGGUUCUACAAAGGAGACACAGACAGUCGCUUUGUCCCCUACUCUGAGGAGUUCAGCGAGAAGCUGGAGGCAGAAUAUAAGAAAGCUGUGUCUACAAAUCAGUGGCACCGCCGGCUGGAGUUUCCUUCAGGGGAAACUAUCGUCAUGCACAAUCCCAAGGUCAUAGUGCAGUUUCAGCCCUCCUCCAUGCCUGACGAGUGGGGCACGACUCAAGACGGGCAGACCAGACCCAGGGUGGUGAAGCGAGGGAUUGAUGACGAUCACGACGAAGUGCCUGAUGGUGAGCUCGCUACGGUGGAUCAUCUGGUCUUCAUGGUUCAUGGCAUCGGUCCGGUGUGUGAUCUCCGGUUCAGGAGCAUGAUCGAGUGUGUGGACGACUUCCGUAACGUGUCGCUGAAGCUGCUGCACAGUCACUAUAAAAAGUCUGUGGACGAGCAUAAGAUCAGCCGGGUGGAGUUCCUGCCUGUCCAGUGGCACACGGCUCUGCACGGAGACGCCACAGGCGUGGACAGGCGGAUAAAGAAGAUCACCUUGCCCAGCACUGGACGUUUGCGGCAUUUUACCAACGAGACGCUGUUAGACGUGCUUUUCUACAACAGUCCCACUUACUGCCAGACCAUUAUGGACGCCGUUGCAUUAGAGAUUAACCGCCUUCACGCACUCUUUAUGACGAGGAACCCAGACUACAGAGGAGGAAUAUCGGUGGCCGGACACAGCUUGGGUUCCCUCAUCCUCUUUGAUCUGCUUUCAAAUCAGAAGAACGUCUCUCCUGCGCCGGCCACGCCAGCCGUACCGGUUUCUAACGGAGACGCCCCUCAGGCGGCGGCUCCUGCCACACAAACGAAUCCUGCCGCCGCCGCCACACCUCCGGCUGUGGAGGAGCAGCCCAAAGAGGACGGGGACGACGUCCAGGACUUGUCUGCCGUCCUGCAACACUUGGGCCUCUCUGAUUACGAGAGCACCUUCGACGAGGAAAAGAUCGACAUCGAAUCUUUUCUCAUGUGCACGGUUGAUGACCUGAAGGAGAUGGGAAUCCCGCUGGGUCCCAGGAAGAAGAUCGCCAAGUUUGUGAAAGACAGAGUGGCCAAGCAGGCGGCUCAGGAGAAGAAAGAGGAGCUGAAGGAGGUCGGUCCGGCGGAGGCGCCGCCACCUUCUGCUGACGUUCACCCCGACUCCUCGGUGAAGAAGCUCCCGGUGGGCAAAACCGUCUCCUCCGUCCACGUCGACUACAACUGCUUCGAAGUCGGAACUGGACAGGUGUCGGUGGUCUAUCACUCUCUGGACUUCGAGCCCGUCAAUUUCUUCGCGCUGGGAUCUCCCAUCGGCAUGUUUCUGACCGUCCGAGGCCUCGAGAAGAUCGAGGAGACGUACCAGCUGCCCACCUGCAAGGGAUUCUUCAAUAUCUACCACCCGUUGGAUCCAGUCGCAUACAGGAUCGAACCCAUGAUUUUGCCAGACGUGGACCUGAAGCCUGUUUUGGUUCCACAUCACAAAGGCAGAAAGAGGCUUCAUCUGGAGCUGAAGGAGAGCCUGUCCCGGAUGGGCUCGGACCUGAAGCACGGCUUCAUCAGCUCCCUGAGGAGCGCCUGGCAGACGCUGAACGAGUUCGCCCGGGCCCACACCUCCACCGCCCAGCUCCAGGCCCAGCUGGCCAUCGUGGCCGACCAGAUCGAGGAGGAGGAGAAGCAGCAGGUGGCAGAGGAGCACAAGUACCCCGACAGCCCCGAGCCGCAGAGGGAGGAGGAGCCUCAGGUGAAGAUCGGGAUGUUGAACGGAGGGAAUCGCAUCGACUACGUCCUGCAGGAGAAGCCCAUCGAGAGCUUCAACGAGUACUUGUUUGCGCUCCAGAGUCACCUCUGCUACUGGGAAUCUGAAGACACGGCUCUGCUCUUCCUCAAGGAGAUCUACAAGAUCAUGGGAAUCCAUCCAGAACAAAUCACACAUUAACAAAAUGAAGACAAACUCUGUGAAACCUUCUCAUCAGGUUUAUUUCCUGUCACCUCUCCUGGAUUUUGAGUCUAUUUUUUUUCUUCUUCUUUUAUUUUCUAUUAAUGUAGUUGACUGUAUGCAGAUGAAUAAUACAGUUGUAUUAAACCAUUUGUCUUAAAUUAAGAAUCAUACAAAUGAGCUAGUGCAUUUACAGACACUUGACAAGUUUGGUCGUACAUUUUUAUAGCAUAAAUUAUAGAACUGUUCAAAUUUAAUUAAAAAAAGACACACACACAAAAAAAAAAACCCAACCCACUUAUGUAUAAUCGGAUGCAAGUGUAACAGAAGUAAUGACACAGGGGCGGUGGAUGCAGCCUUCGGGAAGUUUUAUUUCAUGGCCAAACUUU